AUGGCCAAGGGGAAAGGAAAAGGUCCACAAGGGAAAAGGAUCACUUUGAAAAUGGCCAAAAAUUCAAUCCGGGUAAGUUUUAGUGGAAGGCGCCGUCUUGACUUGAGCAAAAUGGGCAUCACCACCUUCCCCAAAUGCAUUCUGGAACUGGCUGAUGUGGAGGAACUUGAUUUGAGCAGAAACAUGUUGAGAAAGAUUCCAAACACCAUUGAGAAGUUCCAGAAUCUGCUCUGGUUGGACCUGCAUAGUAAUCAGCUUGAUGAGCUGCCCAAGGAAAUAGGCACACUUCAGAACCUUACUUUCCUGAACAUAUGCAACAACAAGUUGACCACCGAAAGUCUGCCAGAAGAGUUGAACCUUCUCAAGAACCUCAAGACUCUUAACCUUGGCUUGAACUGUCUUGAGACUGUUCCCACCACUCUUGGGGCCCUGAAGGAACUCGUUGAUCUAGGUCUCUUUGACAACGCCUUGACCACCAUACCAAAAAGUGUGAAAAAUCUUCCCAAGAUUGAGAGAAUGAAUGUAAAAAGAAAUCCUUUACGAGAGUUAGAAAAGCCAAAGGAGGAGGUUGACACCAUUAAACGCAUAGAAACGCUUUACUUAGUAGAAGAGAAAGACCUGUGCUCUUCCUGCCUGAAGAUGUGUAAGGGUGAGAGGGAUGAGCUGCACAAGUUGGAGGACAUGACACCUACUUCCUCCAAAGAGCUCAGUUUCCCUUCACUCCUUACACCCAAUUCCUCUGCAAAGGAGAAUCAAGAAGAAUGGAGAGUAAGAGGCACAGAUCCUUGA